GUUCAGUGAUAACCUAUCCGUCAACGAUACUUUGUAUUUCUACAGUUGUGUAAAACACUGUUAAGCAUAUCGAGUAGAUUUUAUGUUUAGUCAGGUAUUUUCAUGGCAUUAAAAAUAUGACGGAAUCUGAUGUGACGAAUGAUUAUGUCGAAAGACUUUCAAACUUGGAGGUAGAACAGAGAAUCAUCGAUAGGGCGCCAUUUCGUCAUUUGAAAAUUACCGAUGCUCAAGUUUUAGACACGAUCGAAGGCAGGGAGAUAUGUAACCGAUGUUACAAAUCACGGAAAUUCUUUUGUUACUCGUGUUGCUUACCGGUAAUCCCUGAAAAAUACUUUCCCAGAGUGAAGUUACCAAUUAAGAUUGACAUUGUUAAGCAUGCACGUGAAAUCGAUGGAAAAAGUACAGCUAUUCAUGCAGCUGUGCUGGCACCAAACGAUGUGAGAAUUUUUACAUAUCCUGAUUUCCCAGACAUAGUAGACAAGGAAGAGCAAAACUAGCACAAGUGUCGAAUCUCUCUUUGAGAAAGAGAUAAAACAAGGUAACAAUGUGAUAAUCAAUAGGAUAAAGAAUGAAUUUCCUAUAAAGCGAGCCAUUUUCAUUGAUAGCACAUGGCACCAAACAAAAGCUA